UUUAUUUAAUUUUAUUUGACGACCCUUCUCUUCCAUUUAGCACCUUUCGUUUCUUUUCCUUUAUAUAACACCGCUGAAAACAGCUUAGCUAGUCAAGUUUCUAGCGAGGAAAUGUUUCCUUUUUCUUCUUCUCUAUUAUCUUCGUCUUUAUUUCUUUUCUUGAUCCUUUGUAUCAAUGGCGUAAGCCCAUCUUCUGCAUCCACUAAGAUUGGCCAGGGAUACCGACUGAUAUCUGUUCAAGAAACCCCUGAUGGAGGCAUCCUGGGCCUCCUUCAAGUCAAGCAGAAGAACAACAUCUAUGGUCCUGAUAUCCCUCUCUUGCAGCUCUUUGUUAAGCAUGAAACACAAGAUCGUUUAAGAGUACAUAUAACUGAUGCAGAGAAGAAAAGAUGGGAAGUUCCGUACAACCUAUUACCAAGAGAGCAACCGCCGGCAUUGAAGCAAACGGUAGGGAGAUCAAGAAAGAGCCCAAUUACAGUUCAAGAAUUUUCUGGUUCCGAGCUAAUCUUUAGUUACAAAGUAGACCCAUUUAGUUUUGCAGUAAAAAGAAAAUCAAAUGGGCAAACCCUUUUCAAUUCAAGCUCUGAUGAAUCUGACCCAUAUAGUGGGUUGGUGUUUAAGGACCAAUAUUUGGAGAUAUCAACAAAAUUGCCUAAAGACGCUUCACUUUAUGGUCUUGGAGAGAAUACACAGCCACAUGGGAUCAAAUUGUAUCCUGGAGAUCCCUACACUUUGUAUACUACUGAUAUCUCAGCCAUUAAUCUUAAUGCUGAUUUAUAUGGGGCUCAUCCAGUGUAUAUGGAUCUUAGAAAUGUGAAUGGGCAGCCUUAUGCUCAUGCAGUUCUAUUGUUGAACAGUAAUGGUAUGGAUGUUUUUUACAGAGGGACUUCUUUAACAUACAAGGUUAUUGGUGGUGUUUUCGACUUUUACUUCUUUGCUGGUCCCACUCCUUUGGCUGUUGUUGACCAGUAUACGGCGCUUAUUGGCAGACCAGCUCCAAUGCCUUACUGGGCUCUUGGAUUCCACCAAUGCAGAUGGGGCUAUCAUAACCUGUCUGUUGUUGAAGAUGUGGUCGAGAACUACAAAAAGGCUCAAAUCCCUCUUGAUGUGAUCUGGAAUGAUGAUGAUCACAUGGAUGGCCAUAAGGACUUUACCCUCAACCCCGUCAACUACCCUCGUCCAAAGCUCUUGGCAUUCCUAGACAAAAUACACAGCAUUGGAAUGAAGUACAUUGUAAUUAUUGAUCCUGGAAUUGGUGUAAAUAAUUCUUAUGGUGUAUACCAAAGAGGCAUUGCUAAUGAUGUAUUCAUCAAGUAUCAUGGUAAACCCUACUUGGCUCAAGUUUGGCCUGGAGCUGUCAACUUUCCUGACUUCCUCAAUCCCAAAACAGUCGAGUGGUGGGGUGAUGAAGUUCGUCGUUUCCACGAACUUGUUCCUGUUGAUGGUCUGUGGAUUGACAUGAAUGAAGCUUCAAAUUUUUGUUCUGGACUGUGCACAAUUCCGGAGGGCAGAAUCUGUCCGAAUGGAACUGGACCUGGUUGGAUCUGUUGCUUGGAUUGCAAGAACAUAACUACGACAAGAUGGGAUGAUCCACCUUACAAGAUUAAUGCUUCAGGACUGGAGGUGCCAAUAGGGUAUAAAACCAUAGCUACCAGUGCAGUUCACUAUAAUGGUGUUUUGGAAUAUGAUGCUCAUAGUUUGUAUGGAUUCUCUCAAGCUAUCGCCACUCACAAGGCCCUUCAAGGCCUUGAGGGCAAACGGCCAUUCAUUCUAUCGCGCUCCACUUUUGUUGGAUCAGGCAAAUAUGCUGCUCACUGGACCGGUGACAAUAAGGGCACUUGGGAGGAUUUGAAGUACUCCAUAUCUACUAUGUUGAAUUUUGGUAUAUUUGGGGUUCCAAUGGUUGGUUCAGAUAUAUGUGGGUUUUAUCCUGCACCUACAGAAGAGCUUUGCAACAGGUGGAUUGAAGUAGGUGCUUUCUAUCCCUUCUCAAGGGAUCACGCUAACUACUACUCACCAAGGCAGGAACUUUAUCAGUGGGAAUCAGUGGCCGAAUCAGCUAGAAAUGCCUUGGGCAUGAGAUAUAAGCUUCUUCCAUAUCUGUACACAUUGAACUAUGAGGCUCACAUUAGUGGGGCCCCAAUUGCAAGGCCACUUUUCUUCUCAUUCCCAAAUUACACCGACUGUUAUGGAUUGAGCACCCAAUUCUUGCUUGGAAGGAGUCUCAUGGUGUCUCCAGUACUUGAGCAAGGGAAAUCACAGGUUAAAGCACUCUUUCCCCCAGGUUCUUGGUACAGCAUAUUUGAUACGACACAAAUCAUUACAUCAAAAGGACAGUAUGUUACCCUUGAUGCGCCUUUGCAUGCGGUUAAUGUACAUUUGUAUCAGAAUACCAUUGUACCCAUGCAGCAAGGUGGGCUGAUUUCUAAGCAAGCAAGAAUGACUCCUUUUAGCCUCCUAGUGACUUUCCCUGCAGGUGCUAGUGAUGCAAAAGCCACAGGAAACCUUUACCUUGAUAAUGAUGAGCUUCCAGAAAUGAAACUUGGAAAUGGGUAUUCAACGUAUGUUGAUUUGUAUGCAAGUGCAAAUAAGGGAAUUGUAAAGGUCUGGUCAAAAGUUCAGGAGGGCAAGUUUGCUUUAGACAGGGGUUGGAUUAUUGAGAAAGUAACUGUGUUGGGAUUAGGUGGUAGUGGUACGCCUUCUGCGUUCGAGCUUAAUGGAAUCCCCAUUUCCGGGGCUUCAAAGAUUGUGGUGAGCUCAUCGGAACAUCAAUAUUUGCAGGAUGUUGAAUCUGGAGAUGAGAAGAAGAAGAGUGUGACAGUUGAGGUAAAGGGUUUGGAGAUUCCUGUAGGUAAAGACUUCGUUGUGUCUUGGAAAAUGGGGAUCAUUGGUUGAGGACAAAAGAUGGUUUUAGUGUGUGUUCUAGAUUUUUUACUUAAUUUUAGAUUGUUCCUUUCCAGUUUGCCUGUUUCUUAUCAGAGUUUCUUGAUGGAAAGGAGAUGAGUAAAAGAUCACUCAUCCUUUUCCGUGGAAAUGAGUUCGGGAGGGAGGCAGUGAGCUUAGAUUCAAUUGCUUAUUAGAGCAUCUUCCAUUGUUGUACCAUAAAAUGCAGCAAUGCAAAUUCUGAACCAUCUUAAAUUAGAGCAUAUCUAGAUUUCUUGGAUA